UAUAACAAUUUUUUUUUGUGUUAGAAAAAAAAAAAGUAGAAUCAAAAUGAAUAAAUGUUUGUUUCUAUUUUUAUUGUCUAUUAAUUUGACAAUUGUUUUCGUAUCCUGUUGUAAUAAUAAUAAUGAUAAUUGCAAUGUUGAUACAUCAAUAGAUGAAAACAUUGAGUUAAAAAAUUUUUUAAUAUACAUUACUGGCACUCUCAGAUAUAUCACCGAUACUGGCUUUAAAAUUUAUGAAAAAUUUUAUAAUCAUCUUGUUUGUACAUACAACAACAGUAAUAAUUCUAAAUUUGAUUUGAUUUACAAUAUGGUAUUAAAUUCUACACAUAAUGUGAUAAAUUCUGUAAAUAUACUAAAUAAAUCAAUUUAUUCAUCAUUAAAUAUUGAGGAACAGGAUAUAUUUAGAAGAAAAUUGAAUAUGGAAUAUUUUGAAAUUCGUACUACAUAUAUUGAUUUAGAAAUAUAUUGUGAUAUAAAAAAUUUGGAAAAUAUUGAUUAUAAUAAUAAUGUUUUACGAAAAGGAAAUUUAUUAAAAUACUGUAUGCAUGGAAUACGAUAUACAGUAGACGAUGUUUAUUUUAUUUUAAAAAGUAAUUAUAAAGAUACAAGACAAAAGUUGAAAAAUAUUUUAAAAUAUAUGCCAGAUUUUUUAAAUGAUUUAAUUCUUCACAUGAAUGAAAUUUAUGUAACAAAAAAAAGUGAAUUAGAAACAAAAUUAAUAAAUUUGACGGAGGAAAAUCGAACAGGAUUAGAAGAAACAGAUGCAUCAAUUUCAAUAAAUGAUGAAACUGAAUAUUUAGAUAAAUUAGAAAUAGACAACACAACUUUAACAGAUGAAGACUCAAAAUUUUUUGAAAAAUUUGAAGCAAAAUCAACAAUUUUGCCAGAAGAAGGAACAACAACACCGAUAGUAACAAAAGCAUCAUUAACAGAAACAACAGCAUCAACUUUGACAGAAAAUAAAUCAGAAAAUUUAAAUGAAACAGAAAUAUCAGACGAAACAGAAGAAACAACAGUAGUUACUUCAAUUGAAGAUGGAUUAAUAGAAAUUGCCUCCACUACGUAUUAUAUCGUUCAAAAGUUUCUUGUAAUUAGUUUAAAUUUUUGUGAUCAAUUAAUUUGCAAUUAUGAUUUUAAAUCUGAUUCAACUUUAAUGUUCACUAAUUCAAUGACACAUUUGAUUCAUAGUCUUGAAAUAUUUAAUGAAUCUUUGGACAUUGAGAACGUUAAUGAAAUUAAUGUUUUUCUAAUAAAGAACAAAAUGGAACUCAAAGGAAUUAAUCAUAAAAUUUCUCAAUUACCUUUAAAUUGUGAUACAACAAAAUUACAUAUUAAUGAUGAAAUUAAUGACAAUUUAAUAAUAAAUUUUAGAAAUAAAGCUCAAAAAAUGAUUUCAUUUAUUGAAAAUAAUUUAAAACAAUCUAUUCAUUUUUUAAGAAUAAAAGAUUUUAAUUUUAAAAUAGAAGCAAGGAAUAAUCUACAAAUAUCGUUAAAUACUUUAAAUGCAUUAAAGGCAAAAUUUGAAACGUAUAAAUUUGAACAAAAUUCAACAGUUUUAAAUGGCAGUUUAGAUGAAACAGUUACAAAAUCAACAAUUUUUAAAGAUGAUGAUAAUAAAACAACAUCAAAAGUAAUAGAAACAAUGGAAAAUGAAGGAGAAAAACUAAAUGAAACAGAACUGACAACUAAGGAAGAAAAACCAAUAAUUGAAUCAGAAACAAAAUCAUCAAUUUUAACAGAUGAUGUAACUAAAAAUUCAGAGGAAACAAAAAUUAAAACAACAAUUUUACCAGAAGAAGAAACAACAACACCAAUAGUAACAAAAGCAUCAUUAACAGAAACAACAGCAGCAACUUUUACAGAAAAUAAAUCAGAAAAAUUAAAUGAAACAAAAAAAUCAAACGAAACUGAAGCAGCAACAACAACAACAGCAGCUACUUCCAUUGAAGAUGGAUUAAUAAAAAUUGCCAUUACUGCGAAAAAUAUCACUGAAAUGUUUAGUGUAAUUAGUUUAAAUUUUUAUAAUCAAUUAAUUUGCAAUGCAUCUGAUUUAAAAUUUCAUUCACAUUUAAUGACUAAUUCAAUAAUACAUGUGAUUUAUGGACUUGAAAGAUUUAAUGAAUCAUUGAACAUUGAGAAUGUUAAUGAAAUUAAUGUUUUACUAACAAAAAACAAAAUGGAACUCACACAAAUUAUUCAUAAAAUUUCACAAUUACCUUCACAUUGUGAUACAACAAAAUUAAAUAUUAAUGAUAAAAUUAAUAAAAAUUCAUAUAUAAAUUUUGGAAUUAAAGUUGAAAAAAUUGCUUCAUUAAUUAAAGGAAAAUUAAAUAAAUUAAUUAAUAUUUUAGUAAAAUCAAAUUUUAAAUCUAAAAAAGUAACGGGGCAAAGAUUAACAAUGUUAAUAAAUAUUUUAAAAGAUUUGAAAAAGCAAUUUAAAUAAACUGAAGAUUUUUAAAAAUUAAAAAUUUGUUAUAUAAAAGUAUAAAUGA